AUGAUAAUAUCAAGAUCAUCAAUAAUCGUGGUUUGGGUCGCGUUCCUAGUAUCCAUUGUCAAUGGUUCACGAUACAUCAAAUCGUCGUCACUUUUAACGUGUAUGGAAAAUUCACAAUUCACUGCUUCAUUUUUUGACAUAAUAUUCUAUCCAGGGAAUAAUACUGUGGAUUUCAAUAUUAUUGCCUUAUCCUCGAUUGACAAUAAAACAGUUGGGGUAAAUGUCAAUGUUAUCGCCUAUGGACUAAAUGUAUUGCAAAGAAACAUCUCGUUGUGUGAUAUCUCGUACGCAGGAAUCGUCAAUGCUCAAAAUAAUCCACUAUGUCCUAUCACCAAUGGCCAUUUAGAUUUGCAUUCGCUGUAUACCUUAGGUUCUUCUGUCACCAAAGAUAUUCCUGGUAUCGCCUACACCAUUCCUGAUUUGGAUGCCAGAGUCCGAGCAGUCAUAUAUGACACACAGACAUACGAACAGUUAGCAUGUGUCGAGGCCACAUUAUCUAACGGCAAAACUGUACAAACGAGGUAUGCAGGUUGGCCAAUUGCUGCUGUAUCUGGUCUUGGGGUUAUAACUUCGGGGGUAAUUUCCAUCGUUGGAUAUUCCAACACUGCAGCACACAUUGCUUCAAAUUCGAUGUCUCUCUUUGUUUACUUCCAGUCUUUGGCUGUCACAGCGAUGAUGGCGGUGGCUAGAACUCCACCAUUGGCAGCUGCUUGGGCACAAAACUUUAUGUGGUCAUUGGGUAUUGUGAGAGUUGGUUUUGUACAAGACAUUGCUAAUUGGUAUCUUCAAUCCACUGGAGGAACCCCCACUGAUAUUUUGAAAUCGAGAUAUCUUUCUAUUUCAGUUCAGAAAUUUGUCAAGAAAUUUGUCAAACGUUCAGCCAUGGCAAUAGUUGAUCACUCGCCGGAAUUUGUGACUCAUUUGACGAAACGAAUUAAUGUGCUGCUUGACACGGAAUCUAUGGGUACUUUGGAUCCCAACUUGUAUACAACAGAUGAAAAAUCGAGCGAAUCGUCUGGGAAAAUUUUGGUGUUGCGAGGAAUUCAAAGAGUCGCCUAUCUAUCACGUAUUGAAAUUACAGACAUGUUUAUGACAAGCAUUCAGUUUCUUUUGUUUUUUGUGUUUGUGGUAUUAGUUUGUCUUAUGAGUUUUAAAGCGAUUAUUGAAAUUUUGGUUCGAAGCAAAAUUAUCAAGGAAGGGAAAUUCAAAGAGUAUCGUCGUCAAUGGGCUUCAAUUAUCAAAGGUACCAAUUAUCGUAUAUUGAUGCUUGCCUUGCCACAAAUUGGAUUGUUUUGCAUUUGGGAGUUUACCGUGAUAGACUCCGCUGGAAUUGUUGUUGUGGCAGUGGUUAUGUUGGUUGUUACAGUGGUGUUGUUGAUUCAAGCUGCUGUCAGAGUCUGUUUCUUGGGUACUAAAUCUGUUCGUGAACAUAAAAACCCAGCAUAUUUGUUGUUUGGUGACAGGAAGUUUUUAAAUCGAUUUGGGUUUCUUUAUUUCCAAUAUCGUGCCGACAAGUACUGGUAUAUACUCGUCUCAACAACGUACAUUUUUCUCAAGUCGUUGAUUGUGGCAGUGCUACAGGACCAUGGCAAGCCCCAAUCAGUUAUUGUAUGGGCAAUCGAGUUAAUCCAUUUGGUAAUUUUAAUAUGGAUCCGGCCAUUUAUGGAUAAAAGAACAAAUGUUUUCAAUAUCAUCAUUAGUAUAAUGAAUUUUAUCAACGCAUUAUUCUUUAUGUUUUUUUCUAAUGUCUUUGGACAGCCUAAUGUUGUGUCCUCGAUGAUGGCCGUGGUUUAUUUCAUAUUGAAUGCAGUAUUUGCAUUGUUCUUGUUGUUAUUUACUAUUAUCACCUGUGUUCUAGCCUUGUUACGUGAUAACCCUGACUCAAGAUACCAACCAAUGAGAGAUGAUCGAGUUUCAUUUCUAAAUCGUCAGGCAUCCAAGUCUGACGUUAUUGGUAAAAAUAAUCCCCCUAACGGGAAAGACCUGGAAUUGGCUGAUCUUGGAAAAACGGCAAUGAUGGGUCAUGAAUACAGAGCUCGUGAAGGAGAUACCGGUGUUCAAGACUCUAAUUCGUAUGAUGAGGAUUCCUUGUAUUUUAGACUGCGUGGUGAAAAUGAACAAGAAUACAAUUCUAAUGCAUAUGGGCCACGUACUUAA